AGCGCUGUUCGAAAACGCACAUGUAUUGCACAAGAUUUGACAGCGCUUAAACACACAAGAAAUCAUUUGUUUGUGUCCAUAUUGUAGAAUGAAAAAUAGUGCACGGAACUUGUUCUCGCUGUCAUGAAGUAAUGAAAUAUACCUGCGAGCCUAAUUUUGAGAAACGUCAUAGGCAGGACUCGCAAUAACAGCCACUGGCAAAUCCCUCGCGGAAAGGAACGCUUUUUGUCCGUUUCAACCUAAUCAAAAUAACUUUCGGCUUCGCUUUUGUGAAACUAAACUAUUUUUAUGAUAUAUAUUUUACAAACAACUAUACGCUUUAAUUACUCAAUUAAGUAUUUAUGAGUUAUGACCAUUUAUCGCAAGAGAGAAAUAAUAUAUUAGCUUCGUUUUUAUUUUAUUGAAAGUGUAGGGGUACGUGGUGUAGUGAGACUAUUAUGUGGACUACAGAGAAAGGCGGUUGAGAAGGAGGAUUUAAGAUCAAAAUGAAAUGUUCUUCCGAGAUUUUUACUACUAUUAGAAACGGAGGUCCGUCUUUACGUCCAGAAGAUAUCAUAUCAAAUCAUACCGUCAACUACGGAAUUCUCCCGAUAGAAUGUUACGAGCUCUGCCAAAAGGAACCGAAAUGUAUUGGAUUCAACUACAGAGACAAGAUCGAUGUUGUGAACUGCCAACUGACUAACAUCACUGGAAAGGGAAAUCACUUUGAAACAACGGAAGAAGGGGAAUGGAUACUAAUGAACGAUAAUAAAGCCGAAAGAAACGAGGACGAGAAGAGCAAAAAUGACACUUCAGCUAGAAGCUGCGCCCAUCUGUACGGUUUAGGAGUGAGAAAAGAUGGUGUUUAUACCAUCAAUCCUGACGGCCUGGGACCGUUCCAAGUCAGAUGUAAUAUGAGCAUAGACGGUGGAGGCUGGACCGUGUUUCAAAGAAGACAAGAUGGAAGUCAAGAUUUCUACCUUGGAUGGUCAGACUAUAAAGCAGGCUUUGGUGAUCUUGAUGGCGAGUUCUGGUUGGGCCUUGAUAAAAUACAUCGUUUGUGGAAAUCUGGCCAAAAUGUUUUAAGAGUUGAUUUGAUGGAUUUCAAUGGCGCUGAACGUCACGCUAAAUAUGGAACGUUUAGUGUGGCUGAUGAAUCAGACAAAUACAGAUUGAAUAUUGGCAGUUAUUCAGGUACCACAGGUGAUUCUCUUACUUAUCACAAUCAAAUGCAGUUUACUACCAAGGAUAGUGACAAUGAUGUUGAUAGUAGUAAUUGUGCUACGGCCUGGAAAGGUGCUUGGUGGUACAGGAGCUGUCAUCGUUCUAACCUCAAUGGCCUGUACCUGGGUGCAGGUCAAAAUGAUGCCAGUGGAAUAAGAUGGUACUAUUGGCAUAUUUAUUCAUUGAAAAUGACGGAGAUGAAAAUUCGUCCAAACCAGUUCUAAGAAAAGAACGAGUUUUAGCAGGGAAGAAACAUAUGCCAAGAACAUAUAGUGUGUUGAUAUUUAAUUGUAAAUAGAACAAUGCAUACAAAUCAAUUUGUGAUUGUUUACUAUCAUUCUAGUCGCAAAAAAUACUCUAUUUAUAUUAUAACGGUCUAAUAACAGACCUAAGUUAGUGAUAGUUACUAAGGAUGCAAAAAUUCAAACCUGUUUACAUUAACUCGGUUAUCCGAUAUUCAAAGAAUUGUAGAAUAACUUUGAGUAAGUAGUCUUUAUAAAACCAAGUUGCAAGAAUAUCGUAAUGUUUAGGGAUGUUUAAUUAAAGCGACUGCCAGAGAUCAUAUUUUUUACUUAUUUCAAUGCCCUCAAAGUCAUUUCACGCUAAUGGUUUGAUCUCGAGUAUCCGGGAUCAUA